AUGCGCGUCGCCUCGGAUUGGCUGCUGGCACUCUCGAGGCUAUGCCUACACAGCCUCGCGCGCAUGGGCAGUCAAGAGGGACCACGCACCUUCUCAGGACAGCGCCGCUCUGACCUGCGCCUCACCACUGACCGGGAAGGCCGCCAAGUGGGCCAGCACCGGUCGCACAUUGUGGCAGCAGUCAGCAGUGUAUGUCUGAUAGCUAGAGCACCAGCGUCAGGGUCGCAGGGUCGGAUCGUGUCAAGCCUCUCGCCCGGCCGGCUGCGUGCAGACGUCGGCCUGUCUGCUGUCUGGAGUGAUCUGUCGGCGGUCAGUGCGACCGAUCAGGUCGGAGGUUUCUGA